CCUUAUUCAAGAUGCUGAAUGACAACAAUGAGCAUCAGCUGUCUGUGUUUGCUAUUGUUGGCAUAGGUGGAGUUGGUAAAACAACAUUAGCCCAAUCAGUUUACAACAAAGAGGAGGAGUUCAUGAAGGGAUUUGAUCUGAAAGCAUGGGUUUGUGUUUCAGAAAAUUUUGAUAUUGCUGAGACUACAAAGAAUGUUAUAAAGGAGAUCUCUCCAAAUACUCAAGGUGUUGAGCACUUCAAUUCACUUCACCAUACUUUGAAAGAAAAAUUGUUGAACAAGAAAUUCUUUAUUGUUCUGGAUGAUGUUUGGAGUGAUGAUGGAGACAAAUGGAGUAAUUUUAUGACCCCUUUCCAAUAUGGGAAGAAAGGAAGUAUUGUUCUUCUGACUACUCGCGGGAAAAAUGUUGCUCUAGCAGUUCAGAACUGUCGCCCUUAUUUUCUGAAAGGGUUGUCAGAAGACUAUUGUUGGUCAGUGUUUGCUAACAAUGCAUCUUUUCCAGAAUCAAAUGGGAGUGCAGCACUUGAAGAAAUAGGUAGAAAGGUUGUCAAGAAGUGUGAUGGCUUGCCAUUAGCUGCAGAAACACUUGGACGCUUGUUACGUACAAAGCACGAUGUUGAGGAAUGGAACAAGAUACUAACGAGUCAUAUUUGGGGAUUUUCUGUGCAGAAGAGUAAGAUUAUCCCAGCAUUACUGAUAAGUUACUUCCAUCUUCCUCCACAUUUAAAGCGUUGUUUUGUUUAUUGUGCUUUAUAUCCCAAGGAUUAUAAAUUUGAGAAGGAUGAAUUAAUCCUUUUGUGGAUGGCAGAAGAUCUUUUACCACUACCAAAGAGAGGAGAGAGUUUCGAAGAAGUUGGUUGUGAGUGUUUUGAUGAACUAACUUGCAGAUUAUUUUUCACGAAGAUUAAAGACGGUGAUGAUUAUUUUGUGAUGCACGAUCUCUUGCAUGACUUAGCAAUAUUCCUUGCUGGGGAUUUCUAUUGCAACUCAGAAGAACUUGGUGAAGAGAAGGAGAUAAGGAUUCAAACCCGGCAUUUGUGUGUAAACUUACGUCAUUGUAGCUCAAAACUUCUUAAUUUGAUUUCUAAAGUAGAAUCUUUGAGAACAUUAUUAUUGUUUGGCGAUUUCAUAUCUCCCAACUGCAACAUUGAAGCGGCAACUUGUGACAUAUUAUCAAAGUGUAAAUACUUGAGAGCUUUAUCCUUUAGUAAACUUAAUGUGGUGCAUGAUUCAAUAGGAGAAUUGAUCCAUCUGCGCUACUUGGAUCUCUCUUGCACUAAUAUUAAGACAUUGCCCGAGUCUUUGUGCAAGUUGUCUAAUUUGCAAACAUUGAAGUUGAAUCAUUGUUCUAAGCUAACUACACUGCCUAGUGGUUUGCAUAAUCUUGUGAGUUUGCGGCAUAUUGAUAUUAGAGGAACUUCUUUGGAAGAAAUGCCCAGAAAAAUGAGCAAAUUGAAUCAAUUGCACGUUUUAAGUUACUUUAUCGUGGGCAAGCACGAAGAGAAUGGAAUCCAAGAGUUAGGAGGGCUUGUAAAUCUUCAUGGAUCCGUUGAGAUUAAGAAGUUGGAGAAUAUUGUUGAUGUGAAUGAAGCAAAGAGCGCAAGGAUAAUGGAUAAGAAGCACAUUGAUGAAUUAUGCUUGGAAUGGUCUCCAAGUAAUGAUUUGGUUUCAAGCACACAAAAAGAAAGAGACAUGCUCGAUAACUUGCAAAUGCACAGUGGGUUGAAAGAGCUGAAAAUCAAGGGAUACAAGGGUACCAUAUUUCCAAAUUGGAUUGGGCAUUGUUCCUACCAAAACAUGACAAGUGUAUCUCUUGAGUCUUGUGACCAUUGCUGCAUGCUGCCUUCACUUGGACAGCUGCCAUCUCUUAAGUCCCUAAGCAUUCAACGCUUCCAUCAGCUGAGGAGUAUUGGCGGCGAGUUUUACAAGAAUGAAGGAGAUCAUCAUUCUUUGCAUAUUACACCGUUUCCCUCGCUGGAGAGAUUGGAAUUUGAUGAUAUGGCACGUUGGGAGGAGUGGCACUUACCUGACUCAAAAGCUUUUCCUCAACUUAUGAUUCUUCAUAUAAGAAAUUGCCGAAUGUUGAAGGAAGAGAUGCUUAAUCAGGUAUUCUUCAGAAUCGUUUCUUCUUUGUCGGAUGUUUCCAAAGUUCGCAAACUAUGUAUAUAUAACUCCUCUAUAGAAUGGCUCCCCGCAUCUAUGUUUCUUGAUGGGGAUACUUUAUCAAUUAGGGGAUGUGAAUAUGAGAAAGAGUCUGCAUUGAAAGCAAUGAUCAGCAUGAACCAUCUAAGUUGCCUCCAAGAAAUACACAUCUCAGGGUAUAACUCUCAUGUAUCCUUUCCGGCCAAUUGUUUUCUCAAAUCUUUGCAAAAGCUGAAAAUCCAUAGCUGUAGAAAACUAGAAUUCCCUGAGCAACAGAAGCAGAAGUAUGAUCUGGUAGAGCUACAAAUAGAAGACAGCUGUCAUUCACUGACCUCCUUGUCGUUGGAUGCCUUUCCCAAUCUCAAGAAUCUCGAGAUAUCAUGGUGUAGAAAUCUGGAAUCAGUCUCAAUGUCAAAGCCACCACACGCUGCUCUUCAAAGUCUCUCCAUCUAUGAAUGCCACAGAUUAGUGUCAUUUGCAGGAGAAGGACUGGUUGCACCCAACUUAACUCAUCUCAGCCUCAUAGAAUGCUACAAUUUGAAGGCAUUACCACGUGACAUGAAUAGUCUACUCCCAAGUUUACACUCUCUCCAGAUAUCACAGUGUGGGAAUCUGGAAUCAAUCUCAAUGUCAGAGGCACCACAUGCUGCUCUUCAACGUCUCAUAAUCAGUGGGUGCUCCAAAUUAGUGUCAUUUGCAGGAGAAGGACUGGCUGCACCCAACUUGACUCAUCUCAGCAUCACACAUUGCUACAAGUUGGAGGCAUUACCACGUGACAUGAAUAGUCUACUCCCAAGUUUACAUUCUCUCGAGAUAUUUUGUUGCCCAAACAUUUGCAGGUUGCCAGAGGCUGGUUUGCCGCCUAACUUGAAAUCACUUGAGGUGGGAAUUCGUGAGGAACAAAUGAGGGAUCUAUCAUGGAUGGCCAAUUUGGAGGCCCUCACUCAUCUAAGAAUUUAUGGUUAUGGGUGUAAGAACAUAAAGUCAUACCCAGAGGUGGGUUUGCUGCCCCAUAUUCCCUCCCUUACCACUCUUGAGAUAUGGUGCUUCGAUAAUCUGGAGACAUUGGAGUGCAACGAGCUUCUCUGCCUCACCUCCCUUCAACAAUUGCACAUUUCAUUCUGCCAGAAGCUGGAGAAUAUGGAAGGAGAAAAGCUGCCUCCCUCUCUCUUGCUACUUCAAAUUAAACAGUGUCCUUUGCUGGAAGAACACUGCAAGAACAAGCAUCAACUAAUCUGGCCUAAAAUUUCCCACAUCCCCACCAUUAAAUUCGUCUGAACAGAGAUUUCUGAGCAGUAGCUUCUCCGAGGU